AUGAUAAUUGACGACACCUCAAUUCAGGCGGCCAGUGCGAGCCCUACAAUCUCAAUCGCACAGGAUCGAGCCCCGGCCGCCACUGUACGUCCUAAGUUGCGUGAUAGUUGCCAUGCUUGCGCUUCUUCCAAGGUCAAAUGCCAGAGAGAGAAGCCGACUUGUUGCCGUUGUCGGGAGCGUGGUCUUAAAUGUGAAUACCUUGCACAUAGGCGAUCAGGGCGGAGGAAGGGGAUCUACAAGAAGAGCGGCACAGCAACUCUGGAGAACGUAACCCCAUCUUCCCCAAUUGAGCAGAGCUGGCCGACCCUAGACUUCUGGACACAUGAUGACGCCCAGCUGAGCAACUUGGGCAUGAACCAUGACUAUUAUCCAUCACCAGAUUCGUUUGAUCAUUCACCCACCAGCUUUGGAAUGGGUUUCAAUGAUCCUGUCACAAUUCCUUUAGCAUUUCCCUUGGUCAGCCCACCCAGUAUAGGACUCACCUCUCCGACCACACCGUCCAGUACUACAGAUCAGAGUUCACCCAAUACUGGUGGCUUUCCGGAUCUAACAGCGGUCUUUUCAGAGCUAUGGGAAGACCAUUGGUCAACACUGGAAGGCAAUCAAAUAUACCUAGCGGCAAAUCAACAACAUGAUGAGCUUUUACACACCACAUCCAACAGCACGUCAUGCCUGACACGGGCUUUCGACUUGUUGACACAAUUGUCGACAACUACCUCGAGGUCUUGCAGAGCGUGCGACGCGCAGCCUUAUGUCUGGGGUGGAAACCGGCCAGUCACGCUCAGCGCUGUCAUCGCAGAAAACAGACGAGUGCUCCACGAACUGAGCGAGAUCCUACAAUGUGAAUGCUCACAUGACGACGAUAUAUUGACGAUCCAAGCCAUGAUUGUUUCCAAGGUCAUGGACUCGUACACAUCUGUGUUUCACGCGGAUCCAGGCGCCUGCGAGGAUGAUCUGAUCCUACCGUACCCUCUGUCCUGGCGUCAGCCUCCUUUAUUUGACGCUUGUCCGAGGUCGCAGCAGCCCUACUCUAAAGCACUGCUUACUGGCGUACGAGAACCGCUACACAUAGCAGCGCAAUCUGUCCUGGGUGAACUACAUCGUGUACAGCGUUUGGUGGCUCAGAUGUCAGAGAGAUCUAAGAGGAUCGCGACAGGGCAAGACGGAUCACAAGUAUACAAUAAAUCAAGAGCAGCAGACAAGCCACCACAUUUGUCGAGUAUCCCAUUCGGACCCGUUGAAGCAAAUCUGCGGAAAAAGCUAGGCAGUUUAUCUUUAGAGAGCAUCAACUUGCUACAGCAAAGUGGAUCGCCAAAGCGUUGA